CGGGCCGCCCGGGGAGCCCCGCGCACCAGCCGGCACCAGGCUGCCCAGAUGCGGGCGCCACUCUGCCUGCUGCUGCUGGUCGCCCACGCGGUGGACAUGCUCGCCCUGAACCGAAGGAAGAAGCAAGUAGGCGCUGUCCUGGGAGGCAACUGCACAGGCUGUGUCACGUGUUCUGAGGAGAAUGGCUGCUCCACGUGCCAGCAGAGGCUCUUCUUGUUCAUCCGCCGGGAAGGCAUCCGCCAGUACGGCAAGUGUGUGCACGACUGUCCCCAGGGCUUCUUCGGCAUCCGCGGCCAGGAAGUCAACAGGUGCAAAAAAUGUGGGGCCACGUGCGAAAGCUGCUUCAGCCAGGACUUCUGCAUCCGGUGCAAGAGGCGUUUCUACCUGUACAAGGGGAAGUGUCUGGCUGCCUGCCCACCAGGCACCUUGACCCACCAAAGCACACAGGAGUGCCAGGAGGAGUGUGAACGGGGCCCCUGGGGCAGCUGGAGCCCCUGUACACACAACGGGAAGACCUGUGGCUCUGCCUGGGGCCUGGAGACCCGGGUGCGGGAGGCUGGGCGAGCCAGGCAGGAGGAGGCAGCAACCUGCCAGGUGCUGUCUGAGUCAAGGAAAUGCCCCAUCCAGAGGCCCUGCCCAGGAGAGAGAAGCCUCGGGAAGAAGGGUCGGAAGGACCGGCGCCCGCGCAAGGACCGGAAGCUGGACCGCAGACCCAACGGGCGACCACACCACACAGCAGCUCAGUGA